GAAAAAGAAGGAAGGUGCUCAGAAAAAGGCUGCUGAACAAAAAACCAAAGUGCCAGAACCUAUUAAGACCAGUUUAAGCCAGCCCCAACCUGCCGGUACCAGUACCAGUACUUCCACCAGCACUAUUACCAACAAUAAUAAUGGCAAGCGUGCAUCUGCCAACGGGCAGCAGCCAGCUGCAUCCCGAUACCUGCCUCGUGAGGUGCCUCCACGCUUCCGCCAACAAGAACAGAAGCAGCUCUUAAAAAGAGGCCAGCCUCUGCCUGCUGGAACUCUUAUCAGCACGAGCCCAGCGCAAGGUACCGGACAAGUCGGAACAAGUCCUCCUCCACAGCCAGGAGUAGGUGGACAUCACCACCCCAGUAAGACUCAGAUCCCAACAGCUCUACAGGAUGAGGCUCACUCUCAACACAGCCGACAUAUUGAAGCUGAGAGCCCAGGCGAACCUAGAUGCAGAAGGGGAGGCAGCUCUGUACACAAUGUAGCGUCUCCUAGGAUGGUUGGGCGUCACCUUUCCUCAGACCUUGGCCACAGUGGAUUGGGAGACCACUAUGAGAAUACUCACUGGGGACAGCAGCCCACUUUCCGAAGUGAAGCCAGUUGCGGCUGGGAUAAAGUGAUAAUAGACAGGACUGACAAGGAAGCGUGGCCUUCCAUUACAGGAACUGAGACUGAGUCUGCCUCAGAAUGUACUACAGACACUGACUCUGCCUCCAACUGUGGCUCUGAGAAUAGUAGCAUGGCUACAGGGAGUGCCCAAGGCAACUUCACUGGACAUACAAAGAAACCCAAUGGCAAUAAUGGCACCAAUGGAGCACUCAUCCAAAGCACUUCUAACCAGAGUGCCCUUGGAGCUGGGGGAGCAAAUAGUAAUGGAAACUCAACCAGAGUGUGGGGUGUUGCCACCAAUUCCAACUCUGGCUUAGCUCACUGCUCUGCCAGUGGUGGGGAUGGAAAGAUGGACAAUAUGAUUGGAGAUGUUAGAAGUCAGAAUUGUUGGGGUGCUUCCAACUCAAAUGCUGGCAUUAAUCUUAACCUUAACCCCAAUGCCAAUCCAGCUGCCUGGCCUGUACUUGGACAUGAAGGAACUGUGGGAGCAGGCAACCCGUCCAGUAUUUGCAGUCCAGUCAGUGCCAUAGGUCAGAACAUGGGCAACCAGAAUGGGAACCCAGCAGGCACCUUAGGUGCUUGGGGAAAUUUGUUGCCUCAAGAGAGCACAGAACCACAAACGUCCACUUCUCAGAAUGUGUCUUUCAGCGUACAACCUCAGAACCUUAACACUGAUGGACCAAAUAACACUAACCCCAUGAACUCUUCACCAAACCCUAUCAAUGCAAUGCAGACAAAUGGACUGCCAAACUGGGGCAUGGCUGUUGGCAUGGGGGCCAUCAUCCCACCCCAUUUGCAAAGCCUUCCUGGUGCUAACGGGACAUCAGUUUCUCAAGUCAGUGGGGGUAGUGGUGAAGGAAUAGGCAAUUCAGUGUGGGGGAUAUCCCCAAGUAAUCCUGCCACAGGAAACAGCAAUUCUGGGUUCAGUCAGGGGAAUGGAGACACUGUGAACUCAGCAUUAAGUGCUAAGCAAAAUGGAUCCAGCAGUGCUGUGCAGAAGGAAGGGAAUGGAACAAAUGCAUGGGAUCCUGCCAGUCCUGGAGUCUUAGCAUGGGGCAGGGGCAAUGGCAACAAUAGCGUUGGUAGUAUGCAUUCUGGUGCUUGGGGACAUCCAAACCGCAGCACUAGUAAUGGUAUUAAUGGUGAAUGGAGCAAACCCCCAAACCAGCAUUCCAGUAAUGACAUCAGUGGGAAAGGAUCAACAGGGUGGGAUAGCUCUAGUGUUACCAGCCAGAAUCCUGCCAUGCAGCAGGGCAAUGAUCAAAUAAAUUCUUGGGCCAAAGCUGCAGCAACUGGCAACACAGGUAGUGAAGGAAGUAAUGAUAGCAAUGGAAGUCAGAAUGAAGGCAGUACUGGAAGAGAAGGCCCUGGAGAGUGUCGAAGAAGAGACAAGGGAAUGAUAGACCAAGGACAAGUCCAACUACCAAGGAGUGACCUUGACCCAAGGGUUCUUUCCAACACUGGAUGGGGACAGACGCCUGUAAAACAAAACACUGCCUGGGAAUUUGAAGAAUCUCCAAGGUCUGAACGAAAGAAUGACAAUGGAACUGAGGCAUGGGGUUGUGCAGCUACUCAGCCUUCAAAUGCAGGGGGCAAGAAUGAUGGGUCCAUCAUGAACAGUACAAAUACCUCUUCAGUAUCUGGGUGGGUCAGCUCUCCACCUGCAUCCGUUCCAGCUAAUACAGGUUGGGGUGAUAACAAUAACAAAGCGCCAAAUGGCCCUGGGGGAUGGGGAGAGCUAACAAAUUCAACUGCUGUCAAUAAUGCUGCUGCUGCCAAAAGUGGCCACACUUGGAGUGGGACCACAAAUCAGGAGGACAAGUCGCCUACUUGGGGGGAACCUCAGAAACCUAAAUCUCAAAACUGGGGAGAUGGACAGAAAUCAAAUCCAGGCUGGACUUCAGGUGGCGGAGAUUGGGUUGAUUCCUCAUCUAUCCCUGGACACUUGGGAGAUGGGAAAAAGAAUGGUUCUGGAUGGGAUGCUGACAACAGAUCAGGGUCUGGUUGGAAUGACACUACACGUUCUGGGACCAGUGGAUGGGGAAAUGGCACAAAUAGCAAAGCUAAUACAGGUACAAGCUGGGGGGAAUCUUUAAAAUCUGGUCCCCAACAAAAUUGGGCUUCUAAAUCCCAGGACAACAAUGUGAGUAAUUGGGGAGGAGCUGCUUCUGUUAAACAGACUGGAUCAGGAUGGGUUGGUGGACCAGUGCCAGCCAAACAGAAAGAUAGCAGUGAAGCAACUGGGUGGGAAGAGCCCUCUCCACCUUCCAUUCGGCGCAAGAUGGAGAUUGAUGAUGGUACCUCAGCUUGGGGUGACCCAAAUUACAAUAACAACAAGACUGUAAAUAUGUGGGAUAGAAACAAUCCUGUAAUCCAGAGCAGUACCACAGCCACCACCACCACCACCACUAUCAACGCAAACAUGGCUGAACCUCAGCCAACGCACCAGUCAAGUGCCCAGUCAAACCGGUCCCCUCUUCUUGGUCCAGCAGGCUGGGGAGAGAUGCCUGCCGUCCAUGCAAAGCCUGAAGCUUCAUGGGGAGAACCUUCCUCCCCUUCUGCUGCAGUUGAUAAUGGCACUUCAGCCUGGGGGAAGCCCCCUAGCAGUGGUACAGGGUGGGGAGAUAACUCUGCUGAGUCAGCAGGGACAUAUGGAAGAGUGAGCGCACCAACUGCUGCCCCAGCACUGUGCAAACCAGCUUCUAAAUCUUCUAUGCAAGAAGGCUGGGGCAGUGGUGGAGAUGAAGUAAAUCUCAGUACAAGUCAGUGGGAAGAUGAAGAAGGAGAUAUGUGGAAUAAUACUGCUUCACAAGAGAGCAAUUCCUCUUGUAGCUCCUGGGGGAAUGCCCCAAAGAAAGGACUUCAGAAGGGCAUGAAGACAUCUAGUAAGCAAGAUGAGGCCUGGAUCAUGAAUCGUCUGAUAAAACAGCUUACAGACAUGGGCUUCCCAAGAGAGCCAGCAGAAGAGGCCUUAAAGAGUAACAGUAUGAAUCUAGAUCAGGCCAUGAGUGCUCUGCUGGAAAAGAAGGUGGAAAUGGACAAGCGUGGAAUGGGAGUAGCUGACUACAAUGGAAUGGUCACCAAACCCCUUGGCUGCCGCCCACCACCGAUCUCCAAAGAGUCUUCCAUGGACCGCCCCACCUUCCUUGACAAGGAUGGCGGCCUAGUGGAAGAGCCCACUACUUCACCAUUUUUGCCUUCACCAAGCCUGAAGCUCCCCCUUUCAAACAGUGCACUCCCUAAUCAGACCCUGGGUGGGAUUGCCUCAGGGCUGGGCAUGCAAAACUUGAAUUCUUCUAGACAGAUACCGAGUGGCAAUCUGGGUAUGUUUGGCAAUAGCGGAGCAGCACAAGCCAGGACCAUGCAACAGCCGCAGCAACCGCCAGUGCAACCUCUUAACUCAUCCCAGCCUAGUCUUCGUGCUCAAGUGCCUCAGUUUCUCUCCCCUCAGGUUCAAGCACAGCUUUUGCAGUUUGCAGCAAAAAACAUUGGUCUCAAUCCUGCACUAUUAACCUCGCCAAUUAAUCCUCAGCAUAUGACGAUGUUGAACCAGCUCUAUCAGCUGCAGCUGGCAUACCAACGUUUACAAAUCCAGCAGCAGAUGUUACAGGCUCAGCGUAAUGUUUCCGGACCCAUCAGACAACAGGAGCAGCAAGUUGCACGUACAAUCAAUAACAUGCAGCAGCAAAUUCAGCAGCACCAGCGCCAGCUGGCCCAGGCCCUGCUUAUGAAGCAGCAGCCACCCCCUCCACACCUAUCUUUGCACCCCUCUGCAGGCAAAUCAGCCAUGGAUAACUUUUCACCCCAUCCCCAGGCUCCUGGCCUAUCUGACCUGCAGACCAAAGAGCAACAGUCUUCACCGAACACCUUUGCUCCUUACCCCCUUGCUGGAUUGAACCCUAACAUGAAUGUAAACAGUAUGGACAUUCCUGGUGGUUUGUCAGUGAAGGAUACUUCUCAGUCCCAAUCUCGCCUUCCUCAGUGGACACACCCCAAUUCAAUGGAUAAUCUUCCCAGUGCUGCUUCUCCACUUGACCAGAACCCUAGCAAGCAUGGUGCUAUCCCUGGAGGUCUGAGUAUUGGCCCUCCAGGAAAGUCCUCCAUUGAUGAUUCUUAUGGCCGGUAUGAUCUGAUUCAAAAUAGUGAAUCACCAGCCAGUCCUCCUGUAGCUGUUCCUCAUAGCUGGUCACGUGCCAAAUCUGAUAGUGAUAAAAUCUCCAAUGGCUCCAGCAUUAACUGGCCACCAGAAUUUCAUCCUGGAGUACCAUGGAAAGGAUUACAAAACAUUGACCCUGAAAAUGAUCCUGAUGUUACCCCUGGAAGUGUUCCUACGGGUCCUACAAUUAACACCACCAUACAGGAUGUCAAUCGCUAUUUACUCAAGAGUGGAGGGUCAUCCCCAACAUCAUCUCAGAAUGCCACGCUGCCUUCAUCGAGUGCCUGGCCACUUAGUGCCUCCGGCUACAGUAGCUCUUUCAGCAGCAUUGCAGGUAAAUUGUCAGACAUCAAAUCAACGUGGUCUUCUGGCCCAAUUUCUCACACACAAGCCUCUUUGUCACAUGAACUCUGGAAGGUACCCAGGAACACUACAGCUCCUACAAGGCCACCUCCAGGCUUAACAAACACCAAGCCAUCGUCUACCUGGGGUGCCAGCCCAUUGGGCUGGACCAGCUCUUACUCCUCUGGCUCAGCCUGGAGUACUGACAGCUCAGGAAGAACAAGUAGCUGGCUAGUUCUCCGUAACCUCACUCCCCAGAUUGAUGGCUCUACACUGCGUACUCUAUGCUUGCAACAUGGUCCUCUUAUUACAUUCCAUCUGAACCUGACUCAAGGGAAUGCUGUGGUCCGAUACAGUUCCAAGGAAGAAGCAGCAAAGGCUCAGAAGUCUCUGCAUAUGUGCGUUUUGGGGAACACUACCAUCUUGGCUGAGUUCGCUGGAGAAGAGGAAGUGAACCGUUUUUUAGCACAAGGCCAGCCACUGCCCCCCACUUCCAGUUGGCAGUCCAACACUGGAACCACUCAGACACGUUUGGGCUCCACAAGCAGUUCUCAUGGAAUGGUGCGCAAUGAUGCAGGCCACUGGAAUACCCCCUGCCUUGGUGGGAAAGGGAGCAGCGAUCUGCUCUGGGGUGGGGUCCCUCAGUAUUCAAGCAGCCUUUGGGGUCCCCCCAGCACCGAUGACGGCAGGGUUAUCGGAAGCCCAACGCCUUUGAAUACUCUGCUCCCAGGGGACCUUCUCAGCGGGGAGUCCAUCUAGGACGCCAGAAAAACAAAAUGGAAGUAACAAUCAUCAGCACUAAAGGAAAAAAAUAACAGUAACCCUUUCCAGUCCAGGGCAUCACGAAGGAUCCAGCUUUAAUAGAUCAGACUGGCAGCCCUUUUUUUAGUACCUCUGUCUAAUCUCGACUAUGAAACUCUGCUGGAGUCCUUGUGAACUGUUUGCAUAACAGUAUGGGCUCCCUUUGGUCAGUGUCAUGUGCUAAUGAUAGAUUUUGUGUGGGUUUUUUUCCAACAGCUUUUUAAUUUUAUUUUUAUGUUUGUAUGGUGUUUUUAAAGACGUAUACAAGCUGCUUAGACUAGUUCUAUCAUGAAGGGCACUUUUCAGAAUUUGGGCUGGAAAGGGUUAUUUUAUCAACUUGGGGAAGUUGGGGGGGGGAUGAAGGGGAGGUGAGAAAGCCUAUUUAAAAUGAGCCUGUGAUAAUUAUGCACAUUACCAGAGGCGGAUCCAGUAAUCAGUGGGGGUGGCAUUCGACCAGCCUGUCAGCAGCAUUGGGGAACAAAUCUUAACCCCCUUGGCUGGAUGACUUGGAUUGAGAGGUGGGGUGGAAUAUCCAGGUCCACUACUCCCGUGGGUCCUGCCUAUGCACAUUACACUUGUUUCAUUACUUUUUGUGUCAUUUUUUUUUAAUUCUCCCCCCAAAUAGUUCAAAGUUUUUAAAAAAAAAAAAGAAAGAAAAAAGAAAGAAAGAAAGAAAGAAAGAAAGAAAGAAAGAAAGAAAGAAAGAGAAAAAUUAACAUAUCAAACAUGCAAUUAUACUUGAAUCCAGCAGGCCAAUAACAAAAUGUGAACACUUUCUAUUAUUACACUUCCAGGUUGGCAUCAGAAAACAAAAGAACAGGCUCUAGGAAUUUUUUUUUUUUUUGGUUCUUUCUUACGUGUAUGCAUUGGGGAAAAAUUGAACUGAUGUGUGAACGUAUGGAUGUGUGUGUGUGCCAGGUGUACAACUUAACAAAUUGUGUGACCUUUUUUCUUUUCUUCUUUUUCAGUAUAUGCUUUUGAUUUGCUUAUUGGUCAAAUGUUUAAUUGUUAUUAGCUUCUAACUUUGCACUGAGUGUCCACAGCCCUUCUUGUAGCUAAUCCUACUUGUUUUUUUUUAAAAGAAAAAUUAAAAAAAAAACUGAUAGGAGGGGCUGGCGACAAUUCACGUGUAAAUGUUUACUCAAGGACUCUUACCGCAUUUUAAAAACUUACAGUGUGUAUCUCUGGAGAAUAAUAUGUAUAUCUACCUUUAGCAGCUUUUUAUUGUGGACUAAUGCAAGAAAAUAAUUACCAGAGUAUUGCACCAUUUUUUUCCCAUUCGGAAUAUAAAGUUUAAAAAAAAAAAGGAAAAAAAAAACUCUUGUUGAACUGUGGCCAUAAAUACUUGUAAAGAGUGGAUGGUUCCCUGCAAGCCGGAACAGAAACAAGCACUUGGACAUAGGUUUUGACUGCUUUUGGAGGAGCCUACGAUUUCAGCUCCCACCUGUUUACAAACCUUUUUUUUUUCCUCCUUCAAACUUUAAAAUAAAAAAAGGAAUUGAAAAAAAAAGAAAAAAAAAAGACUUCCAUCAUAAAGAAACCUAUUUUCAGAAUGAAGAUAUGCUACUUCAGAGCUCUGGGAUUGAACAGUGUUUGUUGUUGUUACUGUUGUUGUUACUGUUGUUGUUGUUGAUCCUUUUCUUUGGCCAUUGCUGUGUACUCUUUUUUUUUUUUUUCCCCUCAUCUUCGUCAGAGUGGCGAAAAAUAUUGUGAUCACUAUCUUGCACAUGGUGGAAGAUGUCUCAGGAAAGCCGGGUUUCCCGAGGAGCAACUCCACACCAUUUCAUGUAUUUUUUAAACCCAACUCCUAGCACUGAAGAUAUUAUUAAAAAAAGAAUACAAAAACAAAAUAAAAAAGACAGUAAGAGAAGAAGAAAAAUACCUAAUCUAAUGUGUAGCAGUUACAUAUUUACCAAAUAAUGGACUCAAAAGAAAUAGAUGUUUGAAGAGUGCUUUAUAUAUUAAAAAUUGCUUUAUGUUUAAAAAUGAUCAAUGUUUUUGAUUGUUUUGAAAGGAAGAAAGACAAUGGAAUAACAUACCCUUUGAGUAUGUUUUUAGAAAUUAUAUGAACAUUUGUGCUCCCUGACUGCUUGGAUCAGGAAACUUGUGCAUUACAUUUUGUUUUGUUAAAGGUUAGCUUUUUAAUGGUUUUGUCGAAUUAAAAAGGGUCCUGCAAAAUUGCAAAUCAACAAAAGCUGGUUUUUUAGAGGAUCAUGAACUAUGCACAGAUUGGGUUCCAGACUUGUGUUUUCUCAAGUUUUCAUAGUGUAUUUAGCUGAAUACCCUUUUCUCAGAGUGAUUGCAUCUCAUUCUCAUUACACGCACUCUACAUAUGUAUUGUGUAUAUAUCUCUCUUUUAACACACACACACACACACAUAUUAUAUUUAUAUAUAAAAUACAUAUGUGCCUAUGUGCGGAUUGAAAUAGUCAAUACAAUUUUCCAUGCUAAAGUUUAGUAAUGAAUUGUAGAAAAAGAACUCACAAUCAUUUAAAAUUGGAGAUGGACAUUUUUAAAAUAAUUCCUGUUGAAUUUUUAUUUUUUAUUUUAUUUUAAUGUUUUGCCUUUAAUUUUGAAUUCAAGAUGUCUGUAACUCUGAGAUGAAAAGUUUUUAAAAGUUUGUGGCUUUUAAUGUUAUUUCUCCUCAUAGAAUGUGAUUGUUAAAAACAUGCACCAGAAGUUGCUUUCAAGAGUACGAAGAUUCUUUGAAACUUAAUAAAUUGCAGUUUUUCUUGGCUGUUAAGAAGGCAUGUGUAUUUUUCUUGUGUACAGAGAAGACUGUUAACAGAUAAUCUCCUAGCAUUUCUAAGGCUUGCCCCAUCCAUUACCUGUUAAUUGUUCAACCAGCAAAUAUCCGAAGUGAUUAAAAUGUCACCUUCAAUGUG